GCGAGGCCCGCCGCGAUCGGAGUCCCCAGAGUCGGGGUGCGGCUAGGGACCCCCUCCCCGCGCCCUGUGCGCGCUCGCUCGCUCGCUCUCGGCGCGCGGUAUUUUUAUCCGAGCGCACCCCGCUCCCCGCCGCCCCCCACGCCGCCGCCUCCUCCUCGCGCGCUCUGCCGCGCCGCACCCCGAGUCCGCACCGAGCCCCCGAGCCUCGCCUCGCCGCGCCUCGCCAUGGACCCCAAGGACCGCAAGAAGAUCCAGUUCUCCGUGCCCGCGCCCCCCAGCCAGCUGGACCCCCGGCAGGUGGAGAUGAUCCGGCGCAGGAGGCCAACCCCUGCCAUGCUGUUCCGGCUCUCAGAGCACUCCUCUCCAGCAGAGGAGGAGGCUUCCCCUCACCAGAGAGCCACAGCUGAUGGGCACCACAAGUCAAAGAGAGCCAAUCCCUGUGCCUACACGCCGCCCUCCCUGAAAGCUGUGCAGCGCAUCGCUGAGUCUCACCUGCAGUCUCUCAGCAACCUGGGAGGUUGCUCAGAGGAGGAGGAUGAGCUGGGGGAGCUGCGAGAGCUGGGCUACCCCCGAGAGGAUGAUGAAGAUGAGGAUGAGGAUGAUGAGGAAGAUGAGGAAGAAGACAGCCAGGCCGAGGUCCUGAAGAUCUGCAGGGCGUCUGCGGGGCAGAAGACAACCUGUGGCCAAGGUCUGGAGGGGCCCUGGGAACGCCCACCCCCUCUGGAUGAGCCCCCAAGAGAUGGAAGCUCUGAGGACCAAGCAGGGGAUCAGGCACUACGUGAACCUGGUGAAGAGCCGCAGCCCCCUACCCACCCUGAACCGGGCACCUAGGCACCCCACUAUGUCUCUCUCAGAAGGAAGUGGCGGGUGCAUUGCUCUUUCCCCCAGAAGCCCUCUUGUUUCUAUCCUGUUUCUGUGCCCUGCCCCUCCCUUGCUAGGGCUGCGGCUUCUGAGUUUUAGAAGAAUAAGGCUGGUCUGUGUUUGCUUGUUUGCCCUCACCUUUGGCUGAGGCCCAGAGUGUCUGGGCACUUGCUGCCUGAUGCCCACCCCUGCCAGUCGCCUAUGUCCUCAUUCACCUGGUGGGAGGUAGGAGGUAAGAGCUUAAUCGAGUUAAUUGGGGACAAAAGUUCAUCCUUCAGAAUUUUCUUUCCCAGACCCUCCUCUCCCCUUGGAAACAGGAAACCUACAGGGCAGGACCCUAAGACCUGGGGAAAAGAGGGUUCUGAGAGCCUAUAUGGGGUCCGUAGAGCUGUCACAUACCUGCUGCUAUGGAGGUGCCAAGUCACUUCUCACAGCUUCUCGCUGGAUCCAAGAUUCAAGCAUCCUUUCUUUCCAGUCUCAACACUCCCCAAAUCUUCCGCUUAUCCCCUGCUCCCCGCCCGGUGCCUGGCAGAGGGACUGGCAGAGGCUGCUUUGUUGUUUCGUUUGUGCUUUGAUGCCAAGGAAUGCCGCCUAGUACACAUCCUUGGGGGUGGGGGCGUCUGAGUGGGGGGAGCCAGGUUCUCCCCAUCCUCCAGCUGCUCUGCCUCCUGCCCUAUUCCCGUCUCCAAGCCUGAAUUGCUCCCUUGCUGUAAUAAAUCUUUGUAAAUAAC